AUGCCCGACCUGAAUUUACCCACGCCUGUUCCGAGGCCUUCCUAUUCCCAAGCUAGGGAGAACCUGGUGAAGGCCAUCCCGCCGCGGAUACUCUGUCUGCUGGUCUGUGGGGGAGUGGACUGUCGCUAUGAAGGCCCUGCCUGCUGGAGAGCCAACCAACAGGCCAUACGAGGCCUCUUCUCCUCCUGGGUGACUGAUGACAUUGUUGCCAUGGCGCGACCCUCCUCGCACCUUAUGGAGAAGUUCAACAUUAUAGAGCAGUUCCAUAGGUUGAACAUCAAAUCAAUCAUCAACAUGCAGCAGCCCGGGGAGCAUGCCCACUGUGGGCCUCCCCUGGACCCUGAGAGCGGCUUCACCUACUCUCCGCAGUCCUUCAUGGAGAACAGCAUUUUCUUUUACAACUUUGGGAUGCCAGAUUUCGGUGUGUCAUCUCUGGUGGGCAUCAUCGAUGGCGUCAAAGUUUUGGCCUUUGCCGUGAAAGAGGGGCGGGUGGCUGUGCACUGUCAUGCUGGUCUAGGGAGAACAGGGGUCCUUAUAGCCUGCUACCUGGUGUACAUCCUGCGCAUCAGUCCCAGCGAGGCGGUGCACUACGUGCGCAUCAAACGGCCCCGCUCCAUCCAGACCCGCGCCCAGAUCCAGCACGUCUUUGACUUUGCCCGGCUGCUCAGCACCCAGCUGGCCCAGUACCCGGACCUCAGCUGCCGCCACGGGGCCCACUUCACCCUGCAGCACUACCUCAACCGCCAGGCCCUCCUGCUGCACGGGCCCGAGGCGCGGACCCUCAGACACACACCCAAGGUGGUGUACCUGCUGUGUGUGUGUCUGUCAUGCCUGGCCCUGGGGGUCCCAGCCCCUCCGGAGGUCCACGCGGAGCUGGAGAAGAGGGCGGGGCUGCGCACCCUGGGCAGGGCAGUGAGGGAGACCCUGGUCAGCAAGCAGUACCUCCCCCUGCUGAAGGAGGGCCACAGGGGCUCCUGGCUGGGCUCCUCGGGGUCCAUUUCCUCCUGGGAUGAGCCAGUGGGAUUCUGGGAGAGAAAGAGAGAGCUGCUGGUGAACAAGAGAAGCUACAGUGAUUCAGACCUGACCAAGAUUACGGUCAACAAGCUGCGUAGAAAUCGUCACAAACCAGGCACUUCAGCGGCGCGUUUAGUCGCCAAGGCAUUGGCCAAUCAGGAUCCUCUGGGGGAGACUGUUCUGCAACGGUCAGCUCUGCUGCAGGAGGAGCUGAACAGUAGUGAGUGCGGCUGGACUUUGUUGGUGACGGAGAGCGAUCCACAUGUUCUCAGCUGUAUGCUGUGGUCCUGGCUUGAGAAACUCAAGGAUCCUGUUUUGAGUGCCGGAGACGUGGAGAAGAUAACCUCAGGAGCCAACCAUACAAACCCACUUGCUGCCCUUCGGAUGCCUCAGAGACAUACCAUCUCCUGUCUGUUGAGCUGUGUGGGAACAGUGGUCAGCUUGUGUCCACAUAGAGAGGACGCAGUACUGCAGCGUCUGCUGAAAGCAGUUACUAGGCAACCCCCGGAGGAAACGGCAAAUCAUGCAGCGGUGAUGAAGGUUUUUAAGGAAAGUUCCAGAGAAACUUUUAAAAGCAACGUUGUCCCUGGCCUCCACAAUGAUUACAACUGA